CACCAUAAAACGGCUUCCUCUCAGAGCUUACUCACAUUUUAUUCCAUCUGCUUCAUCUCCACACCUCAACUUCUACAAAAACACCAACAAUGUCUUCUCAAGUCACGCUGCUGCUCAUCUGCAUGCUUUUCUCCAGAGCGAUGUCACUGAAGUGUCAGCAGUGUAUAGCAACAUCUCGAACAUGUGAAGAGAUAACUUGUGUGGAUCAGUGUCUCACUAUGACCACUUCUGUGUACACGAAUGGUGUUAAAGGGGCAGAUGUUAAUAUCAAGACUUGCGGCGUGCCAGAGAUGUGUGUAAGAGGGAGCAUGAACCUGGGAAUGAUGAAAAUUGUCAACAAUGCCAAAUGCUGCAAAACUGAUCUCUGCAACACUGAGACACUGCCAGCUCUUCCACAGCAGGCUCCCAACGGGAGAAUGUGUUACACCUGUGAUGCUAACGGCUGUUCAGGCAAAAUGAGCUGUGAAGGAGAUGAAGAUCGCUGCAUCAGUGCAUCAGUUCAACAAGGGAGCAACAGCAUGUCUUUUAAAGGAUGCGUGUCCAAGAGCCUCUGUGCUGGUUCUGCAUCAGCAAGCGUGCCAGGAGUCGGUCUGACAAGUGUGCAGUGCUGUGAGGGGAAUCUGUGUAACGGUGCUGAGAGCUUCACACUGAGUUUCCUCCUCAUGAUCAUCCCUCUGCUCUCCUCCAUCCUCUUCUACUGAAAUCUCCAAUGAUGGAGGAGCUCACUGAAAGCCUUAUCUACUAUAACAGGAAAACCAGAAAUAGAAGUUUCUUUCUUAGCAUGCUGAUUUAGAUUUUUGUGUGUUUUAGAGUUAACUGUGGUGUGUAUACAUAUAUAUAUAUAUAUAUAUAUAUAUAUAUAUAUAUAUAUAUAUAUAUAUAUAUAUAUAUAUAUCAUGUCCUUUUCAAUAUUUCAAGCAUAAUGUAUGAGUUGUGUGUCAUCAUGAUGAUGUAAACGUUUAUGGACAGGACGUAUCACAAAAAAAAAUAUAUAUAUAUAUAUAUUUUUUUUUUGUUUGUAAAUCAAUCAAACAGUCUAGUAAUAAGCUCAGUAUUACUCAGGUCUACAGAUUUUUUAAAAAACAUUUUUUAAAACACCUUUGUUCUCAAAAUUGCAACCUGUCCAUGAAAUGCUUUAUUUUUUAUUAUUUUCAAAUGCUUUAUUGUGAGAGAGCUAAACUGCUUUAUGGCUGAGAUGUUUAUUCUGUUUACAAAAUAAACAUACGUACUUUUCUAUCUGAAAAAA